AUGGUUGUACAUCGUCAGUACCAUUCAAAGAAAGACCCGAAUUCUUCAUCAACUCGUCUUCUCCAUUUAACAAUUCCAGUAACAUCAAAUUUUUUAUAUAGUACAAACGAUUUUGUAUGGAAUAAUCCAAUGGAACUUGAUUUACUCAAUAUGAAAAAAGCACCAUCAUUAACAUCAACAGAUGAAAAUCAUUUUUUAAAUGUUUUACCAUGUAUGCGUCGUUUAUAUACUAUAUUUAAUUCUAUAUGUCCUAAUCUAUAUCGUAUACAUUGUUCGGAUUCUUUAAGAAUUUUACAAGAAAUAAUUUGUUUAAUUGAUGAAUAUCUUCAUAUACAUUUACCAUCAAACAUACCAAUAAAUGAAUUAUUAUAUAAUGAAGAAUAUUUUGAUGAUUUUAUACAUAAAUUAAGAUUUUCACCAUUUAAUUAUGUUUAUCCAAAUAAUUAUUCAUCAUCAAAAAAACCAGAAAUACAUUGUUUUGGUCAAGGUAUUCAUGCAUGUAAUGAUAAUAAUAAACUUAAUCAAACAACAUUAUUUUGUUUUGAAUUAACAUCAUCAUUGGAAAAUAAUUUUUGCUUACCAAUUGAUAUAGUUAUAUUAGAUCCUAAUGAAAAUAUUGUAUCAAAUGAUGUCAAAUAUAUAAACACUUAUGAUCAAGGUUAUACAAAACUUUUUUCAUGCUGUUAUAAACCAAUAACACAAGCAGGAAUUUAUAAAAUAUCAUUUUUGUAUAAUCAUAUUCAACUAACAACUGAUCCAUUUACUGUUUUUAUAAAAAACCCAGACCAAUUAAAAGAACAAUCAUUAUCAGAAGAUGCAAAAGAAAUGAAUGUACAAGAAAUUCCUCAAUAUGAAUUAGAAGGUGAUGGAUGUUCAACAAAAGUUAUUUUAAAUUCAAUAGCACGUUUUCGUCUUCGAAUAAAUUCAUCAACAAACUCUCAUCAUCAAUCAACAGUUGAUCCAUUUUCACUUUCAAUUAUUGAUCCAUUUGGUCAUACUAUUGUUGUUCAACGUCGUAUACUUUCAUCUGAUUUACUUGAAUUAACAUAUCAACCAAUGUCAAUAGGUGAACAUAAAUUAACAAUAUCAUAUAAUAAUAAAAUUCAUCGUCAAUUAAUUAUUGAUGUUAUACAUGAUGAAAUAAAUUAUUUAUCAAAAUUAAAACCAUUUGGACCUGGUCUUCAACGUGCAAUUGUUGGUAUACCAACUGAAUUUUAUGUUGAUCUUAGUCAACAAAAAUUAAUAAAUCCUACAAUUAAUACUAAUCAUAUACAAUUUUGUUUGGAACCAUCCUAUCAUGCAGAAAUUGAUUAUGAACAACACAUGGCUACGGUGCGUUAUACACCUUUAAUAGAAGGAAAGUGUCCUAUACAUAUACUUGAACAUAAUAAAGAUAUUCAACAUUCACCAUUCAUUGCUAACAUAAAAAAAGAAAAUAUUUUACAUAAUAAACCUAGUAUACAUAUAACUGGUUUAUCACAAAAUAUUAUUGUUCAUCGUCCUGUUGAAUUUGAAGUUUCGAUUGAUAAUCCUUUUGAUGAUUCAACAUAUACUCUUCAUAUUGAAAUUUUAACUGAUGAGAAUUCGCCAUCCGUAUCUAUUGAUCGUCAUGAUCCUUCAUCAUAUAAAUGUUCAUUUAUUCCUAAUACAUUAGGACGGUAUAUAAUAUCAAUUGAUUAUGCCGGAAUUGUUCCAGAAAAUAAUCCAUUCUAUUGUGAAGCUACGCAAGAAAAAGAUAUACAAUUAACAGGUCCAGCUGUAAAUAAUCAAUGUUUAACAUUAAAUGAACCAACACAUUUUUAUUUUAAAUUAGAAGAUCUUCUCAUGAAAAACUCUAAUGAGACAAAUUCAACAUAUGAAAGUGGAUAUAGUUCAAAUGACGAUACGUCAUUAAAUUCAUCGAUAACAGAUGGAACAAAAGAAAUAAAUGAUGAACAUAAUAACUAUCGGGUUACAAUUACAGAUGGACAUGGUAAUAAAAAAUCAAAUGUUUCAAUUAAAAACCUUAAAGAAAAUAUGAAUGAUAAUGUACGCGUUGAUUUUACACCAGAUGAACAAAUUUUGUUUAUUAAUAUUUCUUGUACUUGGUAG